AUGGAAAUCUGCAAUACCGAGCUGUACCACGAAGAUCUCUCCGCGCAAACAACAAUGAACAUCUCCCUUGCUGCAUUGGAGCGCGUCAUGAGGCUGGAUGUUAGCGGCAAAGUGUCGAGUCUGUCUGCACCGAAGUUGACUACUGUCGCGCUGCCCGGGAGUGCCGGCUUUCCGGACCUGAGACUCUCGCUCAAGGGGCAGCCAGUUGCGUCUUUCGUUGCCUACUCUGAAGACAUACCCAGGGCUGUUCAAUGUGGAUUACAGACGAAUCUCUGA